AGCCGAGCGGGUUUCUCACACCGCAGCCUUCCAGGCAGUCUUCCUCCAGUGUCUGCCAGCCAGCCGGACCCCAAGACGAAGAGCAGCAGUGCACAGCCUGAAGAGUCAGCCCAGAUAGUACACCUGCAGCCCGGUGCCCCGGUGGCCUUGACCUCCCGUGACCGCACCAUGAUUCCCAGUCACCAGUGUCCAUGAGUCAGUAGGAGGAGCAGAUCUUCAUCAGUCCAUAUCAACACCAACUAGUCAGCAGGAAACCUGAGCAGAACCCUGGCAACACCAUGUUCUGCAGGAAGUUCAAGGAUCUCAAGAUCACUGGGGAGUGUCCUUUUUCAUUACUGGCCCCUGGUGAGGUUCCUAAGGAGACAGCAGAGGAAGUGGCAGGAGGCUCUGAGGGCUGCCAGGCCACUCUCCCCAUCUGCCAGGACAUUCCUGAGAAGAAUGCCCAAGGGAAAUUUUCCCAGAGAAAGACAAGUCGCAACAGAGUCUACCUACACACUCUGGCAGAGAGUAUUUGCAAGCUCAUCUUCCCAGAGUUUGAGCGACUGAACCUUGCACUUCAGAGAACACUGGCAAAGUAUAAAAUUAAAGAAGACAGGGAAUCUUCAGAAAAAGAAGACCUUGAAAAAAUAAUUGCAGAACAAGCAAUUGGAGCAGGAGUCCCCGUGGAAGCACUCAAAGACUCUCUGGGUGAGGAGCUAUUCAAGAUCUGUUAUGAGGAAGAUGAGCACAUCCUGGGCGUGGUGGGCGGCACACUGAAGGACUUCCUAAACAGCUUCAGUACGCUCCUGAAGCAGAGCAGCCACUGCCAAGAGGCGGAGAAGAGGGGGCGGCUAGAAGAUGCCUCCAUCUUAUGCCUGGACAAGGACCACGACUUCCUAAAUGUUUACUACUUCUUCCCCAAGAGAACCACAGCCCUGCUUCUCCCUGGUAUCAUCAAAGCAGCUGCUCGAAUAUUGUACGAAAGCCAUGUGGAGGUGUCUCUGAUGCCUCCCUGCUUCAGAGGUGACUGCACCGAAUUUGUGAACCAGCCCUAUUUGCUCUACUCUGUCCAAGUCAAGAGCACCAAGCCUUCUCUGUCCCCAGGCAAGCCCCAGUCCUCGCUUGUGAUCCCUGUUUCGCUCUUCUGCAAGACCUUCCCAUUCCACUUCAUGCUGGACCGAGACCUGGCCAUCCUGCAGCUGGGUAAUGGCAUCAGAAGGUUGGUGAACAAGAGGGACUUCCAAGGGAAGCCGAACUUUGAAGAGUUUUUUGAAAUUCUGACUCCCAAAAUCAACCAGACCUUUAGUGGUAUCAUGACAAUGUUGAAUAUGCAGUUUGUCAUACGAGUGAGGAGAUGGGAUAACGCUGUGAAGAAAUCAUCAAGGGUUAUGGAUCUCAAAGGCCAAAUGAUCUACAUUGUUGAAUCAAAUGCCAUCUUGUUCUUGGGAUCACCCUGUGUGGACAGAUUGGAAGAUUUCACAGGACGAGGGCUCUACCUGUCUGACAUCCCAAUUCAUAAUGCCCUGAGAGAUGUUGUCUUGAUAGGGGAACAGGCAAGGGCUCAAGAUGGCCUCAAGAAGAGGCUGGGGAAGCUGAAGGCUACCCUGGAGCAUGCCCACCAAGCCCUGGAGGAGGAGAAGAAGAAGACAGUCGACCUUCUCUGCUCUAUCUUUCCCUGUGAGGUUGCUCAACAGCUGUGGCAAGGACAAAUUGUGCAAGCCAAGAAGUUCAGUAAUGUCACCAUGCUCUUCUCGGAUAUUGUAGGAUUCACUGCCAUCUGCUCUCAGUGUUCACCCCUGCAGGUCAUCACCAUGCUCAAUGCUCUCUACACACGCUUUGACCAACAGUGUGGAGAGCUGGAUGUCUACAAGGUGGAGACCAUUGGGGAUGCCUACUGUGUGGCAGGGGGAUUGCACAGAGAGAGUGACACCCAUGCUGUCCAGAUAGCACUGAUGGCCCUGAAGAUGAUGGAGCUCUCCAAUGAGGUCAUGUCUCCCCACGGAGAACCCAUCAAGAUGCGAAUUGGACUGCAUUCUGGGUCAGUUUUUGCUGGAGUGGUUGGAGUAAAAAUGCCCCGGUACUGCCUGUUUGGAAAUAAUGUCACUCUGGCUAACAAAUUUGAGUCCUGCAGUGUUCCACGGAAAAUCAACGUCAGCCCUACAACAUACAGGUUACUCAAAGACUGUCCUGGUUUUGUGUUUACCCCGAGAUCAAGGGAGGAACUUCCACCAAACUUUCCUAGUGACAUCCCUGGAAUCUGUCACUUUCUGGAUGCUUAUCAUCAUCAAGGACCUAAUUCUAAGCCAUGGUUCCAGCAGAAAGAUGUGGAAGAUGGAAAUGCCAACUUCUUAGGCAAAGCAUCAGGAAUAGACUAGUGAGACACGUGCUAAUGUGUUUGACUCCUUUGAGGACUUGCAGAAACUCAGAAAUGACUUUAGGAUUACAGAAGAUGAAAAGCAGUGUUAAAAUUUCAGGGACUAAGUCCUCAGCUCCUCUGCCUCCCACUUAACAUGACACAAAAAAGGGUUCACUUUAGCGCUCCAACCUUCUUCUAUUUAAGAAACAAACAAACCUCAAAAGUCGCUUUUGGGGACAUAGCUUUGUUCUGGAACAAUCACUACUUGCACUAAAAUCCAGCAUAUUGUACAUAUCCCAGGCAACUGUAGUUAAGUUCAACUUUAUAAAGCAAUGGAUUCACCUACAGCCCGUGCUCAAUGCAACUCUGUGGUUAUAAAAGAGUGUUUGUUGUAGUGUCGCCUUUAAAAUCUCUGAAUAGAAAUCAUAGUGUUUAAUUCUCUAAGAGCUUCUGGCCUUUCAACCCUGAGUCUCAUUAGAUUUCCUCAAUUGACCGCAGCUUAUAUAACACAAUAGGCCCGCAACUUCGUUUCAGCUACAUCUUUGUGUGUAUGUAUAUUUCCUUCCUUUUCUUUCUUCUUUCUUUCCCCCUUUCCUUUUUUUUUUUUUUAGAAAAUAAGCAAUUAGACAUUAGAUGAAAUAUGAUAUGAAAUAAUACUGCAAUUAUCAAAGAAUAUUUUCAUGUUUCACAUUAAAAAUAUUCUCUGUAGCACAAUAUAUCAUAAAACAAAUACUUUUUCUGUUUUGAGUCUAUAUGUAAUAAAACCUAUUUUAUUAAAUAAUGAAAAGUUACUUCCUAUUAAUCCAUGUAAAACAUAUUAAUAGCAAAAAAUUUCUGAAUAAAAAGACUCAUAGCCUAAGUUAAAAUGUAAUAAUAUCCUAAUUUAAUUAAGGUAAUGUGACAUGUGAUUAAAGUCUUCAUACAGAGAGCUGCGGUGGAGCACAGUGGUAAAGUGUUCUCACACAUACAUGACCAGAUGAUCCUCUACUGCCAUGUUGAGCCAGGAAAUGCAAGGGGAAAUGUUUUAGCUCACAAUAGAAAGUGAGACUUGUUUUUUUAUCUUUUUUGAUAGCUUCUUAAGUAUUUCUGAUGACCAUUUUAGUGUAUGUGUAUGCAUUAAGAUUCAAGUUUUGUAUUAUUUGGUGUACAUCUGUGAAAUUUUUAUUCUGGUUAAAAUAUCUUAAUGGCAUUUUCUAAAGAAACCACUAAUACCAAUGGAGAAAAAAUUACUGUGGUUUCAUUGUGGGGAUUUCUAAACAUUUUUUUCUGGGGUUUGAACUAAUUUUCUUUCCUCCUUUCCCUCCUUUUUAUCCCCCUAUCAUUGUGCAUGUAAGUGUGAUUCUGGGGAGUGAACAUCGAGCUUGUGCAUGUUAGGCAAGGGCUCUGUUAUUGAGUGAGUCUCGGCAAGGAGCUUAAUUUUUAUUGCCAGUGAUGUCAGUUUUACUCUCCCCAUAAAUAAGUGCCAUGGUUCAAUUUGGUAAAAGGAUAUGUUUUUAAAACAAGAUCAACUAAAGCAAGAGAAAGAUUCACAGUCGAGUUUUUGAAUCAGCAUUAGAAGUGUCAUAGAUGUUCUUACUUUUUAUGCAUGGAUUUGAAAAGAAAAUCCGAUUUAAAGUCCAUUACUACCUUCUCUAGUCUCCAGGCAUUGGGAGUAGUAGUCAUCCCUUGCCUAGCUCUGGUUUCCCAGGGGUACAACUAAAACACUCUAGGCUUUCUUAAAAGGCUGGUAGUGUCUCAUUAAACACUCACUUUCUCUCUUUGGAACUAAAAUUCAUUACAAAGAAAGUAAUAGGAACUGAAGGCAAUUAGAAGCAUCAAGCAGGACAUCGUUCUCAUCACCUGUGUAUUUAGGAAGUUACAAUGUUAGUAAUAAUCUGACUCAGAAGCUUGCACAUUAAUUAUAAUUCCACACUGUCUUUUAGGGAUGGAGAUAUAGCUCAGCAGCAGAGUAAACUGCCUAGCAUGUAUACGGUCCUGAGUUCCAACCCAAGCAGUGGGAAGAAACUAUAUUUAUCUCUCAUGUGUAUAUGAUAUAUGAUCACUCUCACCUGUGUACACCUGGAGCAAAUGAAGGGACUGUACAAAAUCCAAGCAAAAGAAGUAUGGAAGCCCCAUGUAUAAUUCCUGUAACUCUUCUAUUACUUUUGCAUUUUAUCUAAAUAAAAAUACUAUCAAAAAU